CAUUCAAUAUGGCCGCCAGCAGCGAGCCGGUGUUGCUGUUGUACAACUGAGAGCAGAGAGGUGUUUGACCCGGAGAGCCGCCUGGUCCCACCUGAUCAAUAUAAAAUUAUUAUAAUUAAUAAUAACAUUAUUAUCAGUGAGGAGCUGUGAGGAUGAACAGCGCGGCGGGACGCACACUGUGCAGCAGAGCGACGAGGCUGCUGACACACACACAGGAGUGCCGGCGUCUCUCUGCCGGAGGAGCCAUGAACAUUUUCGACAGGAGGAUGAAGAGGCAGCAGAGGAGCUGGGCGGCUUCCCUGCAGGACAGCAGCAAGUACGACUACCUGAGAGAGGAGGUGGGCAGCAGAGUGGCAGAUCGAGUCUACGACAUCGCAAGGACGUUUCCUUUGGCUCUGGACGUCGGCUGUGGGAAGAGUCACAUCGCAGAGCAUCUGAGCAAGGACGUCGUGCAGCGCCUCCUCCUGACUGACAUCACACACUCCGCUCUGAAACAGAGGAGGAGCUGCGAGAUGCCGACUCACUGCGUCCUGGCUGACGAGGAGUUCCUGCCCUUCAGAGAAAACACCUUCGACCUGGUGGUGAGCAGCAUGAGUCUGCAUUGGAUCAAUGACCUGCCUGGAGCUCUGAGACAGAUCCAGCAGGUGCUGAAGCCGGACGGCGUCUUCAUCGGGGCGAUGGUGGGCGGCGAGACGCUGUACGAGCUGCGCUGCUCGCUGCAGCUGGCCGAGACGGAGCGCGAGGGCGGCUUCUCGCCCCACGUGUCGCCCUACACCGCCGUCACCGACCUGGGCAACCUGCUGGGCCAGGCCGGCUUCAGCAUGCUCACUGUGGACAUCGAUGAGAUCCAGGUUCACUAUCCAGGAAUCUUUGAGGUCAUGAACGACUUACAAGGUAUGGGAGAGAGUAACUGUGCAUGGAACAGACGGGCUCUGCUGCACAGAGACACCAUGCUGGCAGCAGCAGCUGUUUACAAAGAGAUGUACGGAAACGAGGACGGCUCUGUUCCUGCCACCUUCGAGAUCCUCUACAUGAUUGGCUGGAAGCCUCAUGAGUCACAGGCCAAACCAGCGAAGCGAGGCUCGGCCACGGCGUCGUUCGGGGAUCUGUCGAAGAUCAGCCAGCCGACGCCCUCGGACCAGGCGUAGAGAGGGACAUCUGUUCUCCUGCUUGUUGUAAAUAGUGUUUUAUUUAAAUAUCUAUGUUUUGUAGCCACGUUGAUAUCAGCUGCUGUCGUGACAUUUAAUGCAAUAAACCUGAGCAAAGAGAA